AUUUCGCAAUUUAUUAUGAAUUUUUAAAAACAAAGCCGCGAAUUUAUUGCAUAAAUUAUGCGCUCGCAUGAUAAAAUCCAUUGAAUUGAAUAUAGAAAAUUAAAAAAUUUCGGAAUAUUCGAUUAGGAUUAAAGGAAUGGAACGAAGUGAGAUCAGUGUAGAGAUGAUUCUUGAAAAAGAGGAUCAACCAGCUGCUAGGUAACGGCGUGGACAGCCAUCACAUCCGGACCCCUAUUUCCAAAGCCACCGUUAAUAAAAACCAAUUAAUCAUAUUUCCCCCCGACAAAAUCACUCCAACGUCGUCUCUCUAGUGAAGACGGAGAUUUAUAUUUGUUGGGUUAUUCCUCUCCACAAUUUCAGAGAUACUCGAAAGUAGAUUCAAUAUUUCCAUCUGAACUGUCAAAAAAUGACGAUUAAGGAAUUUCAUAAAGUCAUGGAGGAGUUCAGUCCUCUGAUGGACUCAUGGUGGCCUUAUCUCAUCGGUUUAUUUUUGGGAGUGAUAACUGCUUUAAGAAACUACAUGGCGGGCCAGAAAUGCCCGAGUGAGGAGAGAAUCGAUGGGAAAACAGUUGUAAUUACUGGUGCAUCCAGUGGUAUGGGUAAAGAAAUAGCAAUUGAAUUAGCUAAACGUGGUGGACGUAUUAUCCUGGCAGUCAGAGAUGAAAAAUCCGGGAAAGCUAUUGCUGAGAAAAUUCGCGUUAUUCCCGACGCCAAAGUCGACGUUAGAAAAAUCGAUUUAUCAUCUUUGCAGAGUAUACGGAAUUUCGUUGAGAAAUUUGAAGUUGAUGAGGUGGAUAUCCUUAUCAACAACGCUGGAAUUGUUUUCCAUCCCCAGAAAAAAACGGACGAGGGGUUCGAGUUGCAUUUUGUUACCAAUUACUUGGGACAUUUUUUGCUGACGCAACUGCUCCUACCGAAAUUGAAAGCCUCUCAACAAGGACGAAUCAUCAACAUUUCUGCAGAGAGUCAUACAACAAGUGAAAUACAUCUCGAUGAUUUGAAUUUAGAAGAGAAAUUCAGCGCUGGCGAGGCAUUCGGACAGAGUAAAUUGGCGAUGAUUAUGAUGGCGAGACACAUGAGUCAACUACUCAAAGACACACACGUAACAAUAAACGCUGUAAAUCCUGGAUUAGUCCGGGGAACACGACACAUGAGGAGUUCACCAAUCAACCAAGCUCGUUUACUUAAAUUAAUUAUGCUGCCGUGGAUGUGGUUACUAAUGAAGAGUCCAGUUGAAGGAGCUCAAACGACUAUUUACGCGGCUGUAUCGAAUUCACUGAGUGAAAAAUCCGGGAAGUACCUCAGUGAUUGUGAGCUGUCAAAUCCCUCCGAACUUGCUCUAGAUGAAGCCACAGCAGAAAAAUUAUUCAAUAAGUCAAUGGAGCUCGUAAAACCAUUCAUGAGAAUCGAUUCCCCCGAGAAAGAGUGAGCAAGUAUCAAAUUGAGCGAAACCAAUUUAAAAAUCUAAUGUUCAUGUAAUUCAAAAUCAUUUUUUUUACACUUGCCGAAUUGCUCAUCAUUAAA